AAUUCUCGGAAAGACCAACAUAUGAUGCAGCACUUACGAAACUAUCCUCGCACACACAACCUCAAUUCAUGGCGGCUACCGAAGUGACAUUGGACCUCCUGGGACAGUUAAACACAGUCUCAACUCCACCAGUACUAGUCCUUGCUGGUGGAAAGCACCCUUCACCUAGUCCCCAUGAAUCCAAAACAAAAAGUGUCAACACAUAAGUGUUUGUAGAGACAGUGUAGCAGGCGAGCAGGCUAGUUCUUGUGUGACUUGCAACUCUGUGGCUACUUGGUGGGGAAGUGGAAGACCAAGGCGAGGUUGGAAAUGUGGAUUAUUGGUGGUCCAGUUUGUUGACAAUGGUGUGUAGACAUGGACCGACAAGAUGCAUGUGUAUUUGAUCAGUAGCUCAUGAAACGGUCAGGAGCAAAAAUGGAAAAGCCACAUAAAGUCCGGCUUUCGGAUUUGAAUUUUAAUAUUUUAUGUUCACUCUGUGGUGGAUAUUUCAUAGAUGCUACCACUAUUACAGAAUGCAUGCAUUCAUUUUGUAAAACAUGCAUUAUAAAAUACCUGGGGACAAAUAAGUACUGUCCAACUUGUGAUGUCCAAGUUUACAAGGAGAAUCCAUCAGAGAACCUCCGAGCCGAUGAAACAUUGCAAGACAUUGUUUAUAAGAUUGUACCAGGACUCUUCAAAAAUGAAAUGCAGGCAAGGAGAGAGUUCUACAAGCAAAGUGAAGCCACGCCGACCAGUGUAGAAGAUGCUGGAGAGGACACGUCACACUUGUACACACCAGAUGAUGCUGUCAGUCUGUCAUUGUCAUACUUCAGCAUACCCCCGAAUCCUGCAGAAAGGAGGUUUUUUUGUUGCCCAGCUGCUGUUAAGGUGUUUCAUCUUGCCAAACUGAUGUGCGCUAAGCAUGGACUGUAUGCCAAGCAGAAGGUGGAUAUACUAUUUUUGAGGGAUGUGCUAAAUCCUGAACUGACACUCAUGGAAGUAAUGCAUGUUUAUGCAUGGAGGCGUAGAGGACCUCUGCAUUUGAGUUACCGCAUUGUUGACAAUGAAAGCAAGCAAAUCAAACAUGAUGUGCAGAACGGCAGUGGUGAUUAUUUGCCAUCUCACCUGAUAGGUACUCCUCCUCCAGUGGAGUGUAAAUGCAAGCCCAUCAAAGCGGUUCACGACGAAGGGGAAACCGUCGAGAACAUGUUGAAUUACGUGUUUGAGAAGCAGCCGGCGGUGGUGGCUUCAGGCGGCGCUGGGGAACAUCCUAAACCGUUCUUGACGAAGGAAGACGAGUGGAAGGAAGUUCAGCUCCAGAUCAGCGAGAGUGGUGUCAUGAGCUUCGUGAAUGUGUCUCGGGGAGCUGGCAGUAAGGAUGAGGCUGUCGGCAUGAGGGAAAUUAAGUCCUUGAAUGCAGUUACGUUUCCCAGCAUUGAAAACAUCACUGUUGAUGAUUCUUCGUUGUCUGUCCUUACUGGUGGAGGUCAUCUCAUUGGGAGGUCAUCGAAUCAAAAGAAUGAGCCAUGUUUGUUGAACAAUAAUAGCAACAGUAUUAAUAACAAAAACAACAAUAAUAAUAAUACUAACAAAGGUAGUAGUGCAUUAGUUGCUGCUUCACAAGCAUUUUUUGAGCAAGAACGUAAAAAUAAAUAUGUUUCUGCUGCCAGUAAGAUUAAUGAGCAAAGUGUUAACAAUAAUAAUAAUGAGAAAACUCUUGAUUCUGCAAGAAUUAACAUUUGUGUUGAGGCCAGUUCCACUGUGUCCCGAACAGAUGGGCAUGUGCAGGAAAUAUUGCUUUCACAAGCAACUAAUAGCUGCGAAAAAAGUACAGUGUCUCGAACAGAAAACAUGACAGUUUGUGUUCCUGUUCUGACGAAACCAGAUGGCUUUGGUAAAAACAGUGAUGUCAAAAAUAAAUUAGAAAAUCCAAUGUUGUUGCCUAUAACUUCAAAAUCAAAUGUUUGUGCUACCAACUCCGUCAGAGAUGUACAUGCAAAUGUUAAUUCUGCAGGAAUUGCACAGCUAAGUGACACUCAUCCAUUGUUGAACAAUGUUGAUGUCAGUUCUCAUACUACCAGUAAUACCAGUAAAGAAAUACCCAGAUCAUUCAGUUCUUUAAACAACACACAUUUCCCUCCCAAACAUUCGAGUUCCAAAAGAGACCCCCCAAAAAUGGCUAUCGUGGCACCGACCCCAUCCUUGCCACUGGCUAAUGGGGGUGCUAAAAGUCAUUUAGGUCCACAUGCAGUCGGGUGCAAACCAUUGAGGCUACCUCCCAGGACUUGGAAUCCGACCAUUCCACGUUUGAGCAUACCCACUACCAAGUACCGCUCACAUAUAGGUGUCGAUACUAGAAAAUGUUUUGAUGGCUCAGUAACACCUGAGCAUAAAUCGGCAAUGAAUUCUGCUUUUGAUGCAAAUGUGGGGAAUAGAGUUAGUAAUUUUGAUAGUGUUGGACCUCUCGCACCACCAAGGUUUUUUAAAAUGCGAAAUAUGCCGAGAUAUUUAGGAAAUCCAGCCUCGGGGGUCAAGCCGAUGUAUCAGGUGGCCUCCACUGUGUUCAGUGAACCCAAACAAACUGCCGUGCAAUCUCCGGUAAAGAAACCAUUACCGCAAAAGGUCAAGAACUCGAUUACAUCAGCAUCAUCCGUAGCGAACCCUGGUCGUUCUGGAGAAACACCAUCGACAUUUCUACCCAAAAUUGCAACGAGCACAUCAGCAUCUGCAGACUUACCUUCCAACUCGUGUGCACCAACACUACCACGUUUGGUACCCACUUCGUCCUCAAACUCCUCCGGCAUGUUCCAAAAUGCAAAGCAUUCAGAUUCAGGUGCGCUUCCUAACAAUUCCACUUUCAAUUUCAGUCCGGUGUCCUCUUCGAACUAUGUUAGUUUUGCAGACCUGUGCAAAAGUAAUGCGAUGCCUGUGAGGCACUUGGGGGAGUCUAUGUCAACCUCGUCGAGCGAGGCACUAAAGAAUUUCACCCUGAGCAGCGUGCAGGCCGGUAGUCCUCCAGUUAGUCACGCCCGUAAACUGCCCGAUCUUCCCCAUCAAGGCCAGUCGCCAGUUGGACCGGGAGCCUUCCACCUCCUGCCACCAUCUGUCGACAUGAUUUUCAAACCCCAGCUCAGGCUGCACAGUUCUGGGGGCAGCAGGUAUCAGUGCACUACGCCUGCAGUUCAGCGAGUGCCCGCCACCAGCAGUGUGACUGGUGGUCCGAAGACACACGGCAGUGCUCUGCCGUCAGUCUCCCAGAUACAGCCUGACAGGCACGCAUUUGUCGCCAGCGUGAACCACGAGCAGAAAAUGGACACGAGUCAGGUUGCAUCAGAUGCUGCUGCUUUAAACAAGGCCUUAUCUUUAUUGCCAGUUCCAAACCAGCACUUUUCUAACGAAUCGUCAUCAUGAUGAAGACUCUGUUGAAUGUGGUAUGUAGCACUGAAAUAAUUUUAUGUGACUGCGCUAGGAUUUCGGUGGCUAAUGUCAUAGUGAGAAAGAAAAAAACUUUUCGCUCGUUUUAUGAGUGUUGAUGAAAUAUUUUAAUAAAUUUUUAUGAUAUUAUGCAGGGACUUAAAUUCUAUACUUCAAAUAGUUUACGACUGUUAUUGUGAAAAGUGAUUAAAGUAGUUUACCAUCAAGACAAAGUGAAAUACGGGUGAUAGAGAACUAUCCAAAGAAUUACCUCUAAAAGCAGUAAUAGAGGCAUAUUUUGAAACACACGUGCAGUUAAGUGAAGCGGGUAUGGCAGCUCAAAAGACAUAUUUAGUUAAUACUGAGGUGCCAAUGUGGUGCAAUAAAAUUGUAACCAAAAUUUGUUUUGAAAAGGCUUUAUUUUAUAUUUUAAAUGUUUAGUUUUAAUUAAGUAUUUCGAAUAUGUUUUUAUGGGCAUGGGUUUCAAAAUUAGUAUUGAUCUGCUUAAUUUUGAAGAUUCCUGCAUAUUUUAAAGUUAUGUCCGGACUAAUGGUUUGAUGCUGAAUUUGUGUGGAUUUUUUAUAGUGAACAAUUGUUUGAUAGUAAAGGAAAAUGAAACAUUCAUUUGUGGGUAUUGAAAAAUGUCUUAAGAAACUAUCUCAAAUUGUUAUUUUUUUGGGAUUCUAACUUUUUUAUAGAAUUGGUCUAUUUGCCAACCUUGCCUGAAAACUUAAGUUCCAUUAUGAUACCAGCACAUUUUUUGCUUUGUCUUAACAGGGCACACACAUCCCAAUGAGUUUGCUGAAUGCUUGUGGUCUUUUCAGGUUAUUUUCUAAGAUAUAAAGAUUUAGAGUAGUAGAGAGGAAAUUAUUUUUAGAAAGAUUGCAAAGUUUAUUUUAAUGUAUUGCACACAAGUAGAUGGUAAAUUAUGUGUCAUUUUGAUUUUUUGAUGAAUGCAAUGCGGAUUUUGUGAAGGUAGGGUGGUUUGUUCUCAACUCCUUCAGGAGUACAAAUUUUUUUUGUAAACAUUUGCUUGUUUUUUGUUUUAUAUUAGGUACUCUCCAUGCUGUUUUCUGUGUGUGUCUUCAAAUAUCCAUAUCAGGUUUUUUUGCUUUCUGAAUUUGUAAAAGCAUUGAUUCUGACGUAUUGUGGUAAUUUUUUUUUAAUUUUUACAAUUGUCUUUCUAUGUUGUUCAUUGAGAGUGGUUGGCAAGCGAAUGGUCAAGAAUAAAAUUUAAUAGGCUGUAUAGGGUAUUAUAGGUUUAUGUGGCUAGCCUGGAACUGUACAGGUCUAUGUUGCUAAAAGUUAUACCCCUUUAGAAUUGCUUAAAAAGAGUAAGUGUAUGAAUUCAAAAGUGAUAACUUUGAACUUGAGACACUUUGUGCAGAUACAACAGAUUUUUAAUUUUUUUCUAAUCAAAAUUACUCUUUAACUGGAUUCCCAAAAUAUGAAAUAGACCAGUACAGAUCCAGGUUUUCAUGUAUAAUGCAGGAUGAACUAGGUUCAAAAAUAGUUGCAUCACAAUUAAUUGAAUAGCUUCAAAGCUUUUAAGUGGAGUUGAAUGGUCGUCCGUGAGGUAGAAUGUUUGCGUUAUCGUGAUUAAUUUUUUUAUUAAUCUAUAAUGAAUAAAAUAAGCAAUUAUAAAUAUUGUUGUAUUUUGUUUAGUGGGACUAAAACACAUCAGCAGUGCCUGUUGUGGGGUCAUUGUCUACAGUUUGGCAUGCUACCACGGGCCUGUUUGUGCCAUCUAUUUGCGAAGUGUUUUCCUUCUGCCUUUUGUCUCAUGCUUCCCUCUCGCUGUUUUUGUUUUCAGAUCAGUUCCAUAUGAAACAUAUUUUUAUAAAAUUUCAUAGCUGCACUUAACUGUGGCCAUCAGAAUAAAUUUAUCUUUAGUAAUAUUGUUUUAUCUCAGUAAGCACGUGUGUAAGGCAGAAAGCACUAGCAAACAUUUUUCCUGUUUCUGUAAUAUGAGAAAUGUUGAGUAGUUAUAGUUAGGAACAAUUUGUUAGGUUUUGUUACAGUCUCCUCUGUCAUGUGUGUUUGGGUUGAUCGUAAGGGGUCUGCCUACCUGGCGCGAAGUUGCACUGUAAAGUAUUUGAUACACACUUCUUUACAGGAAACUGCUCAAAAUUUACAGAGUCCCUUUUCGCACGAAAAUGUCAAAUUUUCUGGCUACCUGGAAUGCUUACCUUAAAACAAUGAAAUUAUUUAGUCACUGCAUUCUCUCAGUUGUAUGCAACUGGACGAAUUGAUGCCUGUGUCAGCGUCGCCAUCAGAGCUUUGUUACGACUCUGGAAAUAACAAUAAUUAUAACCCCAUGUAUGCAGGCCUCCUUACUUCCUAGGCAACUUAUGUGCGUAAACAUUUAAGCACUUUUCUGUUGGUACUGGUUUCUGCUACGUACACAGACAGAGAGUACUCACUACAACUGACAUAUGUAGUAGUGUUACUGUCAGUUUUCUUUAGAAUAUUUUUACUAUGAGACUUAGUUGUGGUUACUUUGUGCACUUGUAAUUAAUUAAUAAUAUAAGUAGUAAAAAAUGUUUUUGUUUUUUUUGCUAUUGAAAAGAAAAGUUGCUGUUUUUUAUGCACAAAUUCAGCAUUGAAUAAAUUGACAAAUUUGAAAGGUGAUUAUGUUAAUAUUAUCAGCCUGAGUAAUAUUUUUGUAACUUGAGUAAAUUACUGAAAUCAUAAUGAUGUCUCUAUUUUUGUUUUACAUGUACUUUUGUAUUGGAAAUGUAAUUUAUUACUAUUGUUUUUAUGUACAUAAAUAUUUAUAUUGUUUAAAAUAUGUCCAUUAGAUGGCAGAACUGCUGGAAUUUAGGGUUUUAGACAAUAACAGCUACUUGCCUAUCUGUUAAAAAAAAAACAGAGAAACUGUCAGAAUUUCUAUUUUUUGUGUGAGAGAUUUUUUUAGGUGAUAUCCAUAGUGUCUCACACAAAAUUUCUGCUUUGAUCUAGCUGAAAAUAUUCAGAGAGUGAGAAUUUGUGCCUGUUUCUGAUACUCCUAUUGUUUUUACAGUAUUAAACCUCGAAAUUUUACAAAUAGCUGUUGAAUAUAAUUGUGGCUGCAUUGUUAGUUGUGAACACCCUUCUAAAGAUGAUUUUAUAACUUAAAACAUGAGUUUGCAGCAAGUAUUGAACAAAAUUAACAAACAAGCUUGUUAACUCUUGAGUAUUUGUUUAUUUCAAAAAUUUUCAUUUGGUGUCCUUCAUGGACACAUAGUCAGCCCGAUGAAAGUAGUUAUUUUAUUAUGUUAUCUGAAAUUUACAAGCUGAUUUUUUUUAUACCGGAUGGUUUGCAAAUGUCCAAUUUAUUUAUUCUUGUUCAUUGAAACAUUGACAUGAACUAGAAACACUGAUACAUAUCUUUCAUAAAGUCUGAAUUAGUUUUUUUGCUACAUUUUGUAUGCCCUCUCUCUUUGUGCUAAGUAAUUGGUUUUCAUAAAUGUUAAGUCUUAUUGUGGCUUUAUUUUAAUGCAGUUAAUCAACUGGGAAUUUUUUUUCUGUCACUGCUAUUGGGAAAUUCAUUUAUGUGUAGCAAUUAAUUCACUAACAAAUGUAUUACUAUGGAUUUGCUUGAAUAAAAAUGUAAAUGCCAUUGGCUGCAAACAUUUAAAGUGCUUAGAUCUGGUGCCAGCUGCAUUUCCCAUACAUAACUUAAAAACCAGGAAGAUACGGCAGCAGGCCAGUUUUAAAUUCCUACCAUAUCGUACUGUUAUAAAAGAAACAAAAUCUGUUUUGGAACUGAAAAUUUUACCAAUUCUGCCUUGUUUCUUUUUCUCUACAAUAUUUUUUUUACGUGAACUAAAUUAUAUAAAUGUUUUAUCGAAAAACUAAUUUGAAAUUUCCAAUCAAAGAUUGUUCAGCUUCGUCUUUUCUGUCCCCCCCCCCCCCCCCCCCCCCCCCCCCACCACCACCACCAUAUACCGUUCUUAGCCUGUUCUUUAGGUCUAUGAGUGUACCUCAUUCAAUCCAUGUGUUCGCAUGCAUUUCUUGAGUCUAAAUAAAAUCGUGGCGGAAUGAGAAUAAUCAUUGCAUUAUCUGAGAAAGUAUGACAACUCCAUGAUUGCACUCACUGUGAAGUUUUACACAUUAAUAAAAGUAUAAAUGUUUUUUUUUUAUCGUGGUAUAACUAUGUAGGGUCUGACAAUGAUUAAAACAUAAUUAAAUUCAAAAGUUUAAAUCAUUUGUAAGUCAUUCUGUAUCACACAUUUUCACAUAAUGUAUUUAUGUGUAGAAUCAUAAUAAAUGUUUUGUCUUUUUCAUUACUGCCUGCAAUCCCUGUUUUUAUUUUCUUUUAGAUAAUCUAUUAAAUUGUGAUAUACCUUUGAAUGAAGUGUUUAUAUUUAACACCAGUAGACAUGCUGUUUUUUAUUCAAUCUAAUGUAUGCAUUUUAGUUCUUCUUGAAAAAAGGUUUGUACAGAGACACCUGUGUCACAUUGCAGGUGGAUAAACAUAGAAUGAAUGCAGUGAUAAUUUGUAUUUAACUUGAAUUAUUUUUUUGUUAUUAGCAUUCUUUAAAACAAAUCCUAUUUUUUAGAGGCACCAAUGUGACUGGUUAAAUGUAUUAUAUCCAACUAGAAUAAUAUAUGUUUGUUGAUCAUGAAUUCUUUUUUAUGUGCUGUAGUUUUAUGGUGUAUACGUAUUUUAUUUUUAUUUUAGUAAAAUUUAUAUUUUCUUUUAAUGCAUUUAUGUAUUGUAUAUGUCUUUAUACAGUGUAAAUUUCAGAAAGUGCUAAGUGCUUCGAAAUAAUAUGAAUAUAUAUUAUUGACUUGAUUUGCUUCGUCAUUUUUUCUUGAAUAUUGUCACAGUUAUUUAAAUAUAGCCAAUUUUAAAAAAAAUCAAUUUGUAUGUUUUAAGUGUAAGAAUUAAUAAUAAAUGCUUAAGUAUAAAACAGUUUAUAACAAAAUAGAUAGUUUUUAACUACGCAAAUAGGGAUAAUUGUUUAUGUUUCACAAAGUAGUGCUUGAUUAUAGAUACAGUUACUAGGUAGUUGGCAUAAACCCAUACAUAUGUGUGUGUAUGUAUAUUUAUAUAUAUAUAUGUGUGUAUAUAUAUAUUUAUACCUUUAAUCAAAGACUUCAAAUAAAAAAAAAAUCAAAUAUCUUAAAUGUGAUCAGAGUAAUAAAUUGCUGCUAUAGUUGACUUUAAUGCCAACAAAACUUUAACCAUCCUUUUAACAAAUCAAAUAAUUAGUAAAGUCAUAGAAUUUAUAAUAAUUAAAGGUAAUGAUGUUAAUCUUUUUUCAUUAGUGUGUACAGCAUCAUACCAGUAUCAUGCUACACUGUGUUAUGUAUAUAAGUAUUUAAGAGAAUUUCAGGACAUCCAUAUUAUUUAACAAAUUGGUAACAGUGGCAACAAAAGUCUAACUUCCCAUGCAGCAAAUGGUUGCCUAUCAUAACCUAAAAAUCAACCAGUACCCUUUUCAUGAAUUUCAUACUACUCCAUACUUGGAACUUGCAACAUUUCUUUGUUAUAUGUGCCACCUGUACAUAUCAAAAUUACUUUGUUUUAAUAAAGUUCUUGAAUCUACAUUGUAAUUAAAUAUAUCACCAGCCCAGUAAAGUUAUAUAAGAACAAAAACUUGCUUAUUUAGAGCAUAGCUACCAUUAGAAACAAUGGAAAAUACCAACUUCUUUGAACUGCAAAGAAAUGUUUGUAAUAUUGUGAUGGAGACAUUUUUUUAAAUGAACUUAUGUAAAGGUUUUGAAAGUGAAUAAAAAAACUAAAUAAUAUAAAACUACACAUAACGUAAAUUACUUGUACAGUUUCCCGUGGAAAGCGACCACAUGAAACGCCUUUCCGUAUAAAUGUUUGGUACUGUAAAUUUUCGCCACCACACGCAUUAAGAUGGUAUUGGAAUUCCCGUUCUUGAAUUGUUAAGAAGUACAAGGUCUCGCAAUUUUAAACAUUUUAAAUUCAAUUUUUUUUUUUUAUCUUCGUAUUUGGUGAAUCAAUAUAUUUCAUAGUUACCUAUUAGUGAAUAAACUUAUUUUGUAUAAUUAUGUAUAAAAUAAUUAAAUUUUUCACUCUCCAUUAGUAAAUUCAAGUUUCAAUAAGCAGGUCAUUGCAAACAAAUGAAAACAAGUUAAAAAUAUGAGUUAAAAAGAGAGGUUAUGUUCCGUUUGUAAACUUAAAUAUAUUUGCGUUGCAUGCUUUUCUUCAAAUGAGUUAUUUUGGGUAAUUUGGUAAAUUUAUAAAUUUUUUUUAACCAAAAUGUGUUCUCUCCUGUAUCGGUGAAUCGGCAACAGUUGUAUCAGCAUAUCAGCAAAAUUUUGUGAAUUGGUACAGCUCUAGUUGCAAUGUGAGGUUAUAAUUUUGUGUUGUAAUUUGCAAAUAUUUUGUUAAGAACUUGUACAUCAUCCUAGAAGAAAAAUCAACGAAAAAUUCAAACCAAUCUUCUUUUGAAGGGAAGUCGUAUAUCUUCAACUACUUGGAUGUUUCUAGACUUACUUUGCAACAUAAACAUUGCAGUCUUGAAAAACCAGUUUUGUAUAGAACCUAGCUACACAGCCGUGGGUUUGGUCCUUGUUCAUCAAAAGGUUUAAAUAAUCAUUAAGGAUUAACUCUGUGUUGUUCCACUUAUCUCAAAUCCAUGAAAUUUAGCUUAUUUGUAGCAUGCGAUUGUUUUUGAAAGGGGUUUUCUUAUACUGGAAUGCAUGUCUGCUAUCCAACUAGUCUGUAGUUGGUGCUGCCAUUUCUAAAAUAGAUACUUCAAAGUGGCAUGUCUCUUUUUCUCCAUAGAUACACACAUUUAAAUAUUGCGGGUAAUUUAUGUGUGGUGUUAUUCUUGCCAGGAACCGCUGACUGCUCUGCUACACUUUCUGGGUAUAAAUUUAGUUUUCUUUUUUGCAGCAAAAGAUUUAAUAAAAUUAACUUUAUAAUUAUACAUUGUAUUUCUAUUUUAGUUAAUGCUGAAAGCAAGACAACUUUAGUGUGAUUUUGUUGCUGAGAUAUAUCCUCGAUGCUGUUUAUCAUAGACGACCGUUGAGUGUUCAUGUUAUGUUCCAACCUUUUGGUCGGCAUCCUCCACCACUCCUCCCAAACAUUCGCCCUUUAAGGGUAGAUUGGGAGUCUGCUUACAGAUCCUUUCCUUUACGGUCCAGAGCAAGUAAUGUUACGACAGAGAUGUCAAGGGAUUACUCCCCCCUUUGAUCGGGAGGGUGUUAGAGCUUCGGCAAUGACCAGCGACUGGGGCCGCCAACCCAGCAUAGUCACCGCCUCAGCCCCCUGCCUCACUCAGCAAGUGCAGGGCCGGAUUUAGAGGUCUGGAGGCCUCGGGGCAACAGAGGAGCGGAGGCCCCCUGGCCCCAAAUUAUCUUCCAAAUAAAAUGAACAAUUUUUUUCAGUCGAGUUUUCCAAUAAAUAAUUUAUUGUGAAAUCAAGUAGUUUCUCUUAGUAUUUAAAAAACAUGCAUAAAUAUAAUCGGAGACAAGAAUUACGUGAAAUUAAAUAUUAGUGUUAAUGAAUAUUUCUGUUAAUAUCUAACAAUAAUAUAAUCAUGUAUGUACGAAGUACUGUAGGUAAAGGUAAAACAGCGAAAAAAGAAUAUCAAAGGAUUUGUGGGGGGCCCCCCGGUUGCCCUCCCCUAAAUCCGGCCCUGAGCAAGUGCACAGUAUGAAAUUACUGAAGCUGUUAUCAGUAAAUGUGUUGUGCAUGGAGUUCCAGCUGAAAGUGAAAAAUACUAUUAAAUACACCCGCCCCUCGAACUAACGCCCUAAUUCGGUCCAGAAAAACGGAGAGCUAACUUUUUUAAUGGCGUUGUUACUUCAAAACCGUGCAAGUUGAACAGCAUUACUUAGAGGGGUGGGUGUGUGGAGUUAUGGUUGUGUGUGUGUGUGUGUAAAUAUAUAUGUAUAAUUUUAAUUUUGAAUCAUGGCAGAUAACUUACCAAUUCGAUUUAGUUUCAGAAGUGAAAUACUACCCAGCGUAAGGAAUGUAGCUCUCUCACUUUCAUGAACCGUUGAAUUAUUUCAACUCUAAGAAACCUAAUUGGACAUAUAUUUAAUUACAUUGGUUCAUUUAUUAUUCAAAGAUUUUUCUUGAUUUUACAUAAAUUAGUUUGCUUCUUAGAAUUUUAGAAUUAUGUACUGUAUCUGUGUGUAAAGAGCAUGUCAAAAUUUAUUUUUUAGCAUUUGGCUUUUGAAAUCUAGCUAGCCGUUUUUUGGAAUUUGGAUUUAAAAAAGCAUAUUUGAACACAUGUCAUUUUCAGAAGCUUAAAUUAAUUUUCAGUGGCUCUGAUAGUUAUUUUGAGUCCUUUCUUAAUCCAUAUAUUUCUUAGCUUUUUGACUACACACUGUAACAAAUAUAUGAUGCUAGCAUUGUUGCCAAUGUUUUAUAAUAUGGACUUCAUUGGAAAUAUAUAUAUUUUUUCUAUAGUUCUAAACAAAACUGGUAAAAUGCAUGUGCAGAACAAGAAAACAUCUCUGUGUUUAAAAGCUUUAAUAAAGGAAUGUAACAUGUAGUUACUAUCUUGUAUGUAUGGUCGUCUGUUAUUAGUGACUAUGUUUAUCUGCAAGGUUUUGUUGACUCAUCUCUUGUUAGCGUCGAAAAGAUUUUGAGUGCACCUAACCUUAACCUUUUUGUUCUUUUCGUUACAUAAUCUUAAGUUUGAUUUAUGAUGACAAUUGCAAAAUGGUAAAUAAACAAAUGUCCAAGUAAAUACACACCUGUGCAAUAAAUAUUACAUUUAUUGCUAACCAAGCCAACAUUUCAAUUCAUCGAAGAGAAAAGACAGUACAUAAUAUAUUAGAGUAGAAGCACUUGGCACAUUGCAUUUCGCUGUAGAACUGCUCAGGGUUGUCACAGAAUGAAUAGAAAUAAAUAGUGUGCAUCAUAUUGUGUACAUUUAUUGAAGUGUUGAUGGUUCUCUUGACUAUGCUUAGUGGAUUAUAUUGUAUGUUAUUCAGAAUGAAAUUGUAAGUGCCUUCUGAAGAGGCUUUAAAAUAUUUUGAAAUAGUGUUCUAUAACAGUGCUUUGUAUUGAUGAAAUUGUAUGACUUUUAAGAUGUUACUGAAAACAAAAGAUAUAUUAGGCCAUGUUUGGUUGAGAUUAUUAAAUUUUAUGCAUAAAUAAUUAUAAUUAUUUCUUGCUUUAUGCUCUCAAAGCAGUUGAACUUUGUAAAAUAAAUGAAGUGUGUAUUUUAUUGAGAGUUUUUUGUAACUUUUUAAAGAUUUUUGAAUGGGCUAGUAAUUUAAUGUAAAUUUCUGAGACAGUUUAAAAUAUUUAAACUAACAUCACUUGGAGAAAAUGCAUGUGUGUUGUAUAUGUUACAUAUUUUCAUAUUUGUUAAUAUGAUAAAUUCCCAUAUGAAUAAAGAAGCUGAAAAUAAUUGCUAACAUUCUAAAUAGUUCCCACAAACUUAUAAAAUUAAAAUACAGUAGUAUCCCGAUUAUCCGGGUGAAGGUUAUCCGGAUGGUGGAUUAACUGUGUCAUGUUUCAAUUACAUAAACCAUAAAAACAAAAUAAUUUCUAAUAUUUUUAUUUCUGUGUAUGCACAAGGGCAACUUAACUUGUGUUGCAUUAAAUGCUACAGAUUAAUAAUGUGACAAAUCAACAAACAAUAUUUUGCUUUUCCUCAAUAGCUAUUCGCUUCCUCAAUUGCAUAAUUAUUUCAGACGACAGCAAACAUUUAUAUUCCGCCAUCCUGCUUGUCAACAGCAGCUCUGGAGAAAAAAGCCAGAAACACUCAGGACUAGUUUACCUUGUGCCACUAGGAUGCAGUAGUGGCAAAUCAUAGCACACACACAUUUAGUAAAUAACAAGAGUCUGGAAUUACAUUAACGGGUUUAAUAAUCUUUCUAAUAAUAGAAAACGUUAAGUUUAUGCUUGUGUAAUUCUUAUUAGAACUGAAAUAUAUAUCCUAUAUCAAUAACAUUAUUAUUUUGUAACUCAUGUUGGCAGUGCCAACAUAGGAAAAAGAUAUUAUGCCCAAGCCCUGUUUAGUAAACAAUGCAGUACAUGAAUUUUUAAAUUUAAUUUUAUGUUGUUUAAUCUCUCAAAGAUAUUCAAAAUUUACUUUAUUGUACUUCAAAUUAAUUUAGAUUUGUAUUACUUCUGUAAAUUAAUUUUAAUGGGAGUAGUGUCUUGAUUAUAAUGGUAGUCAGCAGUACACUUACCUAUUUGGAAAAUAAAUUAUCUUGGUGAAAACACUAUCUUAUGGACAAAAAACAUAUGUUACUAGCACUGUUUUCAUUAGCGCUCUGUUUUACGGGAACAUAUUAGGAUAUUACUUUGAGGGAGGGGUGUUACAGUGUUUGUCUAGAUAAUCGGUAUGAAAAAAAUUUCAAUCGUGUUUUUUUUUUUUCAUAUUGCUUUAACCGUGUUUUUCGGUUAUCCGUGGACCCCUUGUCGGUUAUUACCCUAAAUAAUCGGGAGUCUACUGUAGAACUAACUAUAUUUUUAUAUUUAAUACUGUGUUCAAACAAAUUUUCUCCUUGUUCAAUACACCGAUAAAAUAAUUAAUGUUUGGCAUUCCAAUGAACUUUAUAAUAAAUAUAGCAUCAUGUACAAUUAAAAACAAAUAUUUAUUAUGAGUUUAAAGUUGUAUAUUUUGUAAAGUUCUUGCGAUGGUAACUUGUAAAUGUCAAAAUGUGCAACUGAUUUUAUUGUGUGUAUGUUUAGUUUAGAGGAAGAUUUUAUAAUUCAUUACUUCAUUAGUCUGUUUUUCUCAUGAUAGUUAUGGCUUUGCUUGGGUACAUUUAAUGUUUGUAACCAUGAAAGUUACUAUUGUGUGUUUUGAAAGGUAUUGCACAUUGUAUUCUAUUUGUUUUUUCUUUUUUUUUUCAGUUUUUAUGCACAUUUUAGAUAUAAGCUUUGCACCAGUAAACAUUAAGCCAUUCCACUUACUGCUAGUAGUUAAGAGGAAAUGCAGGAAAACAUUUAUUACAUCUCACAAGUAAUUUUUUCAGUAAAGUAUUUUUCCAGUUGUAUUAUUUUAAACAAACAUUGUUGGGGAAUGAAUGUUAACUCUGCAUGUCAUUAGUUUUUGCCAUACACAGAAUGUUCAUCACUUGCCUGUGAAAAAUAUUAAGAAUAAAAUGUCAUCCCGAUAUAAGCAUUUAAUUUGAAGCAUGUGUAAACUCUACGUUAGAAGGUAUAAAAAUGUAUUUAUGUCCUUCAAUUAUUUCGAAUUCACAAAUCUUAUUAUUUUCUAUUUAACUUCUUUGUGUGAAGAAAGUGGAGACUCCAUUUAAAUUCUCAUUUUUGGAUAUUUAAUGAAAUGAACUUUGACUGGUUUGUAUUGGAUCAGACUAACACAAGGGUCAGCAGACCGAGGCUGCAAGCUGCAUGCAGCUCUUUUCAUAGGAUUUUAUGGCACUAUAACUCACUGCGCUGCCUCAGCACAAAAAAAUCAAACCGUACAAUUACAACGCAUAUCCUCAACCUGCGCUGUCGAAUUACUACCAUCGCACCGCCCCACCUACCCACUCGCAUCCCUACCGUCGCACCGCACCACCUACCCACUCGCAUCCCUACCAUCGCACCGCACCACCUACCCACUCGCAUCCCUACCGUCGCACCGCCCCACCUACCCACUCGCAUCCCUACCGUCGCACCGCCCCACCUACCCACUCGUAUCCCUACUGUCGCACCGCCCCACCUACCCACUCGCAUCCCUACCGUCGCACCGCCCCACCUACCCACUCGCAUCCCUACUGUCGCACCGCCCCACCUACCCACUCGCAUCCCUACUGUCGCACCGCCCCACCUACCCACUCGCAUCCCUACCGUCGCACCGCCCCACCUACCCACUCGCAUCCCUACGGUCGCACCGCCCCACCUACCCACUCGCAUCCCUACCGUCGCACCGCACCACCUACCCACUCGCAUCCCUACCGUCACACCGCCCCACCUACCCACUCGCAUCCCUACCGUCGCACCGCCCCACCUACCCACUCGCAUCCCUACCGUCGCACCGCCCCACCUACCCACUCGCAUCCCUACCGUCGCACCGCCCCACCUACCCACUCGCAUCCCUACCAUCGCACCGCCCCACCUACCCACUCGCAUCCCUACCGUCGCACCGCCCCACCUACCCACUCGCAUCCCUACCGUCGCACCGCCCCACCUACCCACUCGCAUCCCUACCAUCGCACCGCCCCACCUACCCACUCGCAUCCCUACGGUCGCACCGCCCCACCUACCCACUCGCAUCCCUACCGACGCACCAUCCCGCCUACCCACUCGCAUCCCUACCGUCGCACCGCCCCGCCUACCCACUCGCAUCCCUACCGUCGCACCGCCCUGCCUACCCACUCGCAUCCCUACCGUCGCACCGCCCCGCCUACCUACUCGCAUCCCUACCAUCGCACCGCCCCACCUACCCACUCGCAUCCCUACCGUCGCACCGCCCCACCUACCCACUCGCAUCCCUACCAUCGCACUGCCCCACCUACCCACUCGCAUCCCUACCGUCCCACCGUCCCGCCUACCUACUCGCAUCCCUACCGUCGCAGACUAUCACGUGAAAAAAUAACACUAGCUGUAUGCACUUUUGGAACUAUUUUAAAAGAUAACUUUUACAGUUUAUAUUUGUCAUAACUGCAGUUAUUUGCUACUAAUAUUGGCACCCUACUACAUCACUUUAAUUUAGUCAAUUACUCUUUAUGUUUAUAUUUCUCUGUUCGCAGACUGAACGUUUAACCAUACAGACAGCUAUGGGAUCCACAUGUGAUAAAUAACUCGUACUUGAUUUCAUGUUCUUUCUUUGAAGAGUAAAUUUUCAGGUACCACAGGCUGGAAAGGUUUUGUUUUAUGUGACAUUGCUCAACACUAAGGAACCAAAUGAAAGAAGCAGACUGGAGUAAAUAAUGCUGAACAUCUGCCGUUACCUUCUCUCAAAUGCCCACGCUGUUGACGAGGUGUUAGACCCAAAUGAAAGAAAAUAAAUUUCUGCUAGGCUCAGUGAAAGUAAACAUAAACAAACUAUCCCUGCGUCUCUCUUAGCCGGAGGCUGGCACCAGAGGUAAGCACUACACACUUUUCUGCUGUGCUUAUUUCUUCUGGCAGGGGGCAUGAUUCUAUCAGGCAGCACAAAUCCGCAGUAUACCAAAUCACAUUUAACUUGCUCGAAUUCUACUGUAUGAUUGUCUCCAGACUUUUAUCCACUAAUUCUUUUAAAGUUGAGUCCUUGUGUAAUAAAUUUUUUUCCUUGCAUUUUUAAUGACGGGCAAGUCCACUUAAUUUACAUGCUUAAUGUAAUCACUAGCUUUGUUUUUAUACUUGGAUAAGAUGAUUUGAAGUUAUCUGCAAAAUAUUUAUUGCACUAAUUUUUUCAUUAAGUCAUUAUCUAUAGCAGUUACAAUUUAUAUUAACCCAUUUUUAAUUCAUCCAAAAAAGUUAGUUAUUUUCAUGGUAAACUCUUAGUCUUAGUUUUUUUUUUCAAUGUUUGUUUGGCAACCACUUUUAAAACGUGAUUAUUUUAUAGUUAUUGCCUGAUUGGUUGUUAUAGUGGGUUUUUUUUUACAUUAGCUAACUAUGUAUUGAGAUCUCGCAAAUAUUGUGUGUGUGGCUGCAAACUUUAUUCAUAAUGUAAAUAAAUUUGUUUUGUAAUUGAAUUGAAAAUGGGCAUCUUAAUCAAAAAAUUUUAUAAGCAACAUUGCAGUUCUAGUGACUGGCUUAAUGCAUGUAAGUUGGUUACUGUUCAUACUGUUCAAUAUUUUAAUGUCAUUAUUUUGGUUGUAUAAGUUUCUUGUUUGCAGUUUUUUUUUUGUGUACGCUUGAUUAUUUCAAGGUUGUGGAUAUUUUCAUGAAAAUAUGCUUUCUGGAUUUAUGAAGAUGGUAGAUAAAUAUCUAUACUUUUUAUUUUAGGAAUUGAAAUAAAAUCCUAUUGGUGCUAAUUUUGCAAAUGGCUGUGUGAAAUGAAAAUGCAAAUUGUAUUUUAAUCCAUUUGCUUCUGAUGUUUACUUCAAAGAUAUUUUGGGUAGGUUAGUCAUGUUGUCUUAAACCACCCCAGAAUUGGUCAGACCAUUCAAUGGGUUGAUUCAGUUCGGCUCUGUAACCUUAUGUUUUUACUCAUUUAUAUAAAAACAUCUGUUUGAAAUAUUUUAACCUAAUAGUUUCUUAAAGUAAAUGGUAAUUUUAUUGUGACAAGUGAACUUUUGAAAUAAUGUUGAUGUCAAAAGAUCCUUCUUAAAUAGCUAUAAAGGUAUGAUUCCUAGUAAAUACUUUCCAGUGAUGCAUGUAAGUCUUUUUAAAAUGUAAUAAAUUCUGUAUUGAGGGCAUUUUGCAUUAUUUAGUCCAACUUUGUAAUGAAAGCCAUAAUUUUGAAAAUAAAAUUCUACCAAAUAUAAAAA